AUGAUAUCUCGACUGACAACAAGUUUUCUACUAUGGAUGUUCUUAGUUUUCACAGUUGUGUUUCUAAAAUCUUCAGCUGCAUCGGACAAAGUUCUUCUCCGGGAUGUUUCUGCCAUCACUCUUCAUAAAGGUAAAAUGACAACUGGACGUCGUGUGGCACCUGCACUGCAAUUGAAAUGUGUUGGUGGAUCAGCUAAAGGACAAUUCUCUCCGAAAGUUGUUCAAUGUGCUAACCAAGGAUUCGAUGGAUCUGAUGUGCAAUGGAGAUGCGACGCCGAUUUACCCCACAACAUGGAGUUCGGAUCUCUGAGUGUCUCCUGUGAAGGAUAUGACUAUGCAGAUGACCCGUACAUCUUGAAAGGAUCAUGUGGCCUUGAGUAUGAACUAGAAUACAACUCGGGAAGUGGUGGAAACCGCUCUGUAUCCCGAAAAUCAGAAGAUCGCUGGGAUCAGUUCGCAACAUUUGUUGUCGUUGCGUUCAUUGCAUACAUAAUCUACGCAAUGUGGACCAACAGAAACCAAAACCCAGAAAAUGCAGGAUAUCGAUCUGGAGGUUCAGGUGGUCCAGGUGGUCCUGGAUCAGGAGGAGGUGGAGGUCCGGGUGGAUAUCCAAGUGCUCCACCACCAUACGACGACAAUUAUGGAAAACCUCCACCAUACGGGUUCCGUGGUGACAGCCAAUCUGGAGGAGGAUGCCAAGGGAGUUCUAGUGGAGGCACAAGUGGAAGUGGGAGAAAUGGCGAGGGAGGAGGCGGCUUCUGGACUGGUGCUAGUUUAGGAGCAAUCGGUGGAUAUCUAGCAAACAGCUUCUUGAACAACAAUAACCAAUAUUACGGUCGUAAUCGAUACAACCGAGGAUUUUUCCAAGACACGGGUUUCUCUAGUUCUGAUUCAUGGUCCUCACCAUCGACGUCAUCUCAUCGCUCUAGCUCUGGAUACGGAGGAACCACUAGACGCUAA